AGGGUGUGUGCGCAAGAGUGCAAAUGUGUGAUUGGAGUCAGCAUCCAUGUUUGUUUUGAUGUGCAGGACCUUGCAGAGAAGCACCAGAAAACACUGCAGCUGCUGAGGAAGCAGCAGACCAUUAUUCUGGAUGACGAGCUCAUCCAGUGGAAGAGACGGCAACAGCUGGCGGGCAACGGGGGCCCACCGGAGGGAGGCCUGGACAUCCUGCAGUCCUGGUGUGAGAAACUGGCAGAAACGAUCUGGCAAAACAGGCAGCAGAUUCGGAGGGCAGAGCAUCUCAGACAACAGCUGCCCAUCCCCGGCCCCAUUGAAGAGCUCCUCAACGACCUCAACAGUACGAUCACAGAUAUCAUCUCAGCAUUGGUCACCAGCACCUUCAUCAUUGAGAAACAGCCUCCCCAGGUGCUGAAAACCCAAACCAAGUUUGCCGCUACAGUGCGCCUUCUAGUAGGAGGCAAAUUGAACGUGCACAUGAACCCUCCGCAGGUGAAAGCCACCAUCGUCAGUGAACAGCAGGCCAAGGCCCUGCUGAAGAACGAGAACACAAGGAAUGACAGCAGCGGAGAAAUUCUUAACAAUAACUGUGUGAUGGAGUAUCAUCAGACUACCGGCACUCUCAGCGCCCACUUCAGAAACAUGUCCCUGAAGAGGAUCAAGCGAUCGGACAGACGGGGAGCAGAAUCUGUCACGGAGGAGAAGUUCACCAUCCUGUUCGAGUCUCAGUUCAGCGUCGGAGGCAACGAGCUCGUUUUUCAAGUAAAGACGUUAUCACUUCCUGUAGUGGUGAUUGUUCACGGUAGCCAAGACAAUAACGCCACAGCAACCGUCCUGUGGGACAACGCUUUUGCAGAAACUGGACGGGUGCCUUUCCUCGUGCCAGAUAAAGUGAUCUGGCCUCAGCUGUGUGAUGCCAUCAACAUGAAGUACAAGGCUGAGGUGCAGAGUAACCGAGGCCUGUCUGAGGAGAACCUGGUCUUCCUCGCUCAGAAGGCCUUCAGCAUCUCCAGCAACAACCCUGACGACUACCGCAACCUGACUAUGACAUGGUCACAGUUUAACAGGGAAAGCUUGCCAGGGAGGAACUUCACUUUUUGGCAGUGGUUCGAUGGAGUGAUGGAACUCACAAAAAAGCAUCUCAAACCACACUGGAAUGACGGAGCCAUUUUGGGCUUUGUGAACAAGCAGCAGGCUCAGGACAUGCUGAUGUCCAAACCCAACGGUACUUUCCUUCUGCGAUUUAGUGAUUCUGAGAUUGGAGGAAUUACAAUUGCCUGGGUGGCAGAAAAUCCUAACAAAGCAGGUGAAAGAAUGGUUUGGAACCUCAUGCCGUACACAACCAAAGACUUCUCCAUUCGCUCCCUGUCUGACCGCAUCAGCGAUCUCAAUCACCUCCUGUUCCUCUACCCCGACAGACACAAGGAUGAGGUUUUCUCCAAAUAUUACACCCCACCACUCUCCAAAGCCGUGGAUGGCUACGUGAAACCACAGAUCAAGCAAGUGGUGCCCGAGUUUACGACAGCCAAUCCAGACCCAUCAAGUGGGAAUCCAACCUAUAUGGAUCACGGCGCCUCCCCAGCACCUGUCAAUCACUCUCACACCUACGGCAUAUACCCCCCAAUGAGCGACUCUAUAUUGGAUACGGACGGAGACUUCGACCUGGACGACACCAUGGACGUGGCGAGGCACGUAGAGGAGCUCCUUCGGCGGCCUGUAGACAGCCAGUGGGGCGGCCAGCAGUCCUGACCCUUGACCUUUUAACCCUCAACAUCAUACAGACCCCGCCUCCCAACUUGCCCCUCACAUUGACAUUUCUCAUGGUUUAAAUUCCAUUCAUUUAUCUUUUUUUCAGAUAGCUGUUAUGUGAAAUGUUAAUAAUGUUUGUGAUUUUGUCUCUCUUCUGUUCAGCAUGAGAGCAUGCAUGUCAGUGACUUCUCUUAGUUUUUAUUUGUGUCCUUUAAGUGUUUGUAAAACAGACUAGGUAUUAAGCCUACAAUGUUACAGUGUUAUGAUAAAGAAAAGAAAAUGUUCAUUCACAUUGUGCAUGCAUUUCCAAUUGAUUUUGAUCUGAUUUUAAAAAUACGCUACUGUAUGAAGACAGCUUAACAGUUAAAUGUCUUUAUUUUUGUUAUAUUUUCUGCUUUGUAAAUGGGUUAUUAGUAUUUUGAUAGUGAUAUUGAACUUGCCCCUUUGACAAAAAAAAAAAAACUUAAAUGAAGAGUUUAGCUUUUUGCUCUAAACAACGUAAUCAAAGUCGUUGCUCUGCAGAGUCAGUUUUUUUCUCGAAUGCAUACUGUAUACACUAACCUAGAGGCAGAGUGACUCUUUGCUUCCUGCAACUGACAGCACACACAUCAACACACAGUACACACGUGCAAGCGUAUGAAGUAUUUAUCUGAUUUGUUCACCAGCUGAAGCCCAGACACGGGGGGGUUCACGCACCUCCCUCGAUCUCACAAAGCUAUUUAUCUUCUGUUUGUUCACAGAAAUGCAAAUCCAAGCAUUUACCCAGCGCUGCCUGCUUGUCCUCUCAGGUCCCUCUGUUUCCCUCAUCAAUGCUACCUCGCAUUAUCCUACUGACAGUCGUCGUAUACGAUUGCUUCUGUUGUUUUCUCUGCAUCAGAUUCACACCAGUAGGUACGGCCAUUGGGUUUUAUUCUUGUGAUUUGCGUUUGUGAAGAAGAUCUCCUUGCUGCCUGACGGGAAACUCUGUUGGCUUUUUUUAUGCUUGAAACCCCCUCACCUAUAAUGAAGUCUGGCGGCAUGAAGUGUCACAUGUCGGGUCUGUGUUCCUGAAUAUUCUAUAUUUUUCUGCCUAUCUGUCCCUAUGCUACGCAGAACAGAUGUGGGCGGAUGUUGCACGGCACUCAGUUGAUAGAUAGGUGCAAGCUUUUAAUGCUUUGCACAGACUCACCAGCACCUCAUCCACGAAAAACAAACUAUGUCUGCCGUUUGUUACUGCUCAAGUUGAAUUUCACAGCAGGUUCCCUUUCUGCUACACAUAAAAUAUAACAUAUAGCAAAGAAUGAGACUAUUACCCUUCCCCCUGCUGACAUACACAAUGUUGAAUUGGAAAUGUGUCCACAGCCUUACACCUCAGGAAUGAAUCGCUUUGCUUAGCUGAUCUAUAAGCCAAAAAGAAAAAGAUCAAUAUAUACAGAAACUAUGAAUUUAUUUUGUCUAUCAUAAUUCUAUUUUAUUAUGGUUUAUUUGGCACUCCCCCUAUUGAAUGUAACCCCUUUGCAUGGCCCUGUUGAGGAUAUACGUACGUACAAAUACCUCCUCAGUCUGAGCAGAAGUUUCCAGUCUCCUUUUACCAGAGGUUGAAAAAAAAUAGGACACGGAGCAACUGGAAAUCAGAGAAAAAUGUAUGAUGUACUUUUGUGUUUGUCUGACAGACAUUACAGUAUUAAAAAUAUUUCCUGGUCUCUCUUUUUAUUUCUUCCUCAAGGUUUUUUUGUAUCUUACUUUCUUUUCUUGUAUUUUAAAUCUCAAGCUACAUGGGCAGUCUUGUGAUAUAUCAUCACCAUUAUUCCCAUCAUUUCCAAAGCUUUGUUCCACUGUAGACUCUGUUUUGUUUCGAUGAUGUAGAUGGCGCUGUGUGCUGUUUAAUGUAUGUGUACCAUGUUCGUGGUUUGGGUUCUCACUUGGAGGUUUUUCCAAGAUGAACAGCUCAUGAGUUGAAAAGAGGAAAAAUAAAGUUUUAUAAACAAUUUUAACUCAA